AUGGUGAACAAUGUACUUAUUAGAUGUUUUACUUAUUUUUUUAUUUUACUAUUCCAUAGUAAUAUAAUAUACUCAUCAACAUCUAUUAAUUUUUAUCCAUCAUUUAAACAUAUUGUUGAUCAUUUAUCAACUAAUUCAACAUUACCCGAAUGUACACGAACAACAUGUAGUCAAACUGAAACCCAAGCAAAUUUUUCCAAUAUAAAUGUAUCGCAUGAGGAUUUACUUAAAUUAUCUUCAUUCAAUAGAUUAAAUAGAAAAAUGAAUACGGCUCAUGGACCAUAUCUUAUAUCUUCAACUGGUAUUUAUCAUGGUAAACGAAUUAAAUAUCAUAAUCGUUAUGUUGAUCAAUUUCUUGGUAUUUAUUAUGCUGAAAUACCUAAGUCAUUAAAAAAACCAAUAAAAAAACGUUUUAAUUAUACAAUACAAAAUGCAACAAAAUUUAGUCCAUAUUGUAUGCAAUCUAUUAUGAUGGCAGAAAAUCUUUCAUAUGGUUCAUUUGUUAUGCAACAAAGUUUUAAUGAUAAUUGUCUUUCAUUAAAUAUCUAUCGAGCUGAUUUGCGUCAUGGAGAAGAACGAAAAGCUAUUAUGUUAUUUUCACAUGGUGGUUCAAAUCAAUUAGGUGGUGGAUCAUUAUUUGAUGGAAGUAUAUUAGCUAGUGAAGGUGAUAUUAUUGUUAUAACAAUGAAUUUUCGUUUGAAUUAUCAUGGAUUUUUAUCAAGUGGAGAUAGUCGAGUUCGAGGUAAUUAUGGCCUAUGGGAUCAAUUAUUAGCUGUUGAAUGGAUAUAUGAAAAUGCACAUUUAUUCGGUGGUGAUCCACAUCGAAUAGUUUUAGCUGGUCAUUCAGCAGGUGCUGGAAAUGUUAUGUUAAUACCCGCAAGUCCUUAUUGCCGUGGUAUGGUAAAACGUGUCAUAUCACAAUCAGGUACUGGCUUAGCACCAUGGAGUAUCAAUCGUAAUCCAUUUAAAUUACUUGAACGUUUUUCUCAAGAUUUUAAUUGUGUACGUUCCGAUGAACAAGAGAUGUUUAAUUGUGUUUAUCAAUUAUUAGAAAACAGUAAUGGAGAUAUAUAUCGUCUUCAUUUAAGUCUUAAUAUAGCUGAUGAUAAUCCAUAUCCUGUAAUUGAUUAUGAUUUUAUAAAUGAUACAAUUGAGAAUGUUUUACAAAGUGAUGUUUAUAAAAAUGUUGAUUUUUUAACAGGUGUGACAUUAAAUGAAGGUUUAUAUUUUGCUGAAUAUCAUAUAAAACAUUUACUUAAUGGACUUUCAAAUCAAUCAUUAUCAAUGGGUAAAGCUCCAUUAAGAGAAAAACGUUCUAUUAUUUUUCCGAAUUCAACUGCUAUUAUUGCACCCGAUAUAACAUUUACAACAAAUCUUGAAAAUGAUAAAAGAUUAAAAGAAAUAUCAGAACAAAGUGCAAGUAUUGAACAAUCAUCGAGUUCUCUCAACGUAAGUGUUCUUCUUGAACGUUUUGUUAAAGUAAAUUAUAUCGAACGAUAUAUUGAUGCAAAUUUUCAACAUGGAAAAUGUUUUAUGGAUAAAGUUAAAAAGAAAUAUGAAUUAUCAGCAAAUAAGGAUGUUACUACCCGUUUAAAACUUUAUAUUGAUCUUGUUUCGGAUUUAAUGUUUAAUUUUCAUAUGGUUCGUUGUUUAAAUUUACGUGCUAUGGUACCAAAGAUAAAUUCAACAAAUUAUGCUUAUGUUUAUGCACAUCGACCUACAUUUAAAGUUAAAAGUGCAUUUCGAGAUCAAAAACUUUUACCAGAUGCUGUUGGCCAUUUUGCAGAAUUAGAUUAUGUGUUUGGUGUACCAUUAGCACGUAAUUAUUCUCGUAUACAUCGAAAUGUUAAUAUGAGUUUUUAUAAUUAUACAAGCGAUGAAAUAAAUUUUAGUCGAAAAAUUAUACGUUAUUGGUCAAAUUUUAUAAAAACUGGAAAUCCAAAUAUAAACCCAUCGUUUCCUGAUAAAGUUGAUACUGAAUGGAAAUCAUAUACAAAUAAGAAUCAUAAUUAUUUAUAUUUUCAAUUAAAUAAUAUUCAUAAUGAAAUCAAUUAUUUUGAUUCAAUGUAUGAUUUUUGGCUUAAAUGUUUUCAAACUGAAGAUCAAGGUGGUUGUACGAAAGGAAAAAUAAGAAAACAUUUGGCAUUAUUUUUAUUUAUAUGCAGUUCUAUAUUUAUUCUUACAAUAAGUUAUUUAAUUUGGAAAUAUUUUCAAAUGAAAAAAAAAGGACAAUUAUUCGCUCAUGAAUCACCAACAACUUUACUCCCUCAUCUUGGUCGUGUGUCAACAUAA